AUGGAGCCCUUCGCAGACGUGAGUUGCACUUUGAAAGUGAAUGUCAACUGCGAUUCCUGUAAGAUGAAAAUGAUGGAAGUGUUGCACUCUGUACGAGGAGUAUAUGCAUUGACAAUAGAUGGAGAACAAGGAAUAGCAAAUGUUUAUGGGGAAGUGGAUCCAAACAGAUUGUUAAUGGCAUUGUCAAGGUCAGGACAACAUGCAGAAUUAAUAUCAGUGAAAUUGAGACAUCCAAAUCUCACUCAAAGAAGUCACUAUGGGCAAAAUAAUAGCUAUGGCCAUAACCAUAAUUAUGGCCAUGGCUAUAAUAAUAAUAACUAUAGUGCAAUAGAUGGACCCUAUGGCUACCACAAUUCCAAUGCAUUGGCUGAGCCAAGUUCUUAUUAUUCUUCAAGAAGAGCCUUGGUCGAUCAACCUUAUUACGGUUCAAGCUACCACAACUCUUCUCCUUAUACCAGCUAUGAUUCGUCGUCGUCUCUAUACCAACCCGUUAUUAUUGAUCAUGUCAUCAGAGAAGAACCUACGAACUGGUGCAGUAUUUUGUGA